AUGGAUGCUUACAGCUCUUCGUCGAGAGCCAAUUAUCUCGCUUUUGUGUGAGGCCCAAGCAUCGCUCACGCCGCCAGCUCGCACACGGCACGGCCGGAUCGAGCUGAACCAAUUGUUUUCUCUGUGUCUGUGAAGUCAAAGAGAACAAAGACUACAAAGAGCAUUUCUACUGUGGGAAAUCUGCAUCUAUCCUUCCAAGUAACUGUAUUCCUUUGAAAAGAUGUCAAGAUAUGUAGAGAUAGGAACAGUGUGGAUCUUGGAUGCCCUCUAAUAGGUCAUCUGUCUGUGAUUAGAGGACCAAUAAGCAUGCCAGAAUUUUCUUAGACCCUGAUGGCUAAUUUCCUGAAGGCGUUGAAGCUGGUGUGCUGUUAUUAGUCGUUUUACUGUGAGAAUGUCAUUCUGACAAAACAGCUGUGGUUUCUCUCAGAAUGAGGUAGCUUCACACCCCACAGCAGAACUUAAUUAAGAGAUGGUUCAAGGAGAAUUGUUCUGCUCAGUGUAUCCUCAAACAUUUGAUGAUCACAGACUCACAGAAUACUUGUUUGGAAGGGAUUUCUGGAGGUCAUGUGGUCCACCCCUUGCUCAAGCAGGGACAACAAGAGCAGGUGACACUACUGUAUACUUUUCUUCACAUGAGGCACAACUUGAAAUAUUUUGAUAAAAUGAGAUGCUUGCGGAAACGAUCAGCAGUGUCAUUCUUAGGAGUCCUUGUCAUUUGCUUGCUGUUCAUGAACUUGUACAUUGAAGAUGGUUAUGUUUUGGAAGGGGACAAGCAAUUAAUCAGAGAAACAGCCACUCAUCAGCUCAACCCAGAGCGCUAUGUUCACACUUUUAAAGAUUUGUCUAAUUUCUCAGGAUCUAUAAACAUUUCCUAUCGCUACCUAGCUGGCACGCCUUUGCCAAGAAAAAGGUUUCUUACAAUUGGGCUAUCCUCUGUGAAAAGGAAAAAAGGAAACUACUUGCUUGAGACCAUCAAGUCCAUAUUUGAGCAGUCAAGUUAUGAGGAACUUAAAGAAAUUGCAGUGGUAGUGCAGCUUGCAGAUUUUGAUUCUGCCUGGUGUGAAGUAAUGGUCCAGGAUAUUUCACAGAAAUUUGCACAUCACAUAAUUGCAGGUAGACUAAUAGUUAUUCAUGUCCCUGAGGAGUAUUAUCCAGUUCUGGAUGGACUCAAGAGAAAUUACAAUGACCCAGAAGACCGUGUGAAGUUUCGAUCCAAACAAAAUGUUGAUUAUGCUUUCCUGCUAAACUUUUGUGCUAACUUGUCUGAUUAUUAUGUGAUGCUAGAAGAUGAUGUUCGCUGCUCAAAGAACUUUUUGACCACUGUUAAGAAAGUAAUUACUUCACGAGAAGGAUCCUACUGGGUGACUUUGGAAUUCUCCAAACUGGGUUAUAUUGGAAAACUUUACCAUUCCCAUGACCUUCCACGCCUGGCCCAUUUUUUGUUGAUGUUUUACCAAGAAAUGCCUUGUGAUUGGCUGCUUAUCCACUUUCGUGGUCUGUUAGCUCAGAAGGAAGUGAUACGUUUUAAACCAUCACUGUUUCAGCACAUGGGAUAUUACUCAUCUUACAAAGGAGCUGAAAACAAGCUGAAAGAUGACGACUUUGAAGAGGAAUCAUUUGAUAUCCCUGACAACCCACCUGCAAACUUGCACACCAACAUGAAUGUAUUUGAAAACUAUGAGGCAAGUAAGGCUUACAGCAGCAUUGAUGAGUACUUCUGGGGCAAAGCUCCUUCUACUGGGGACUUCUAUGGGAUUGUAUUUGAAAAGCCCAUUAAAAUCACUAAGAUUAAAAUUGUCACUGGAACUGAAGACCGGCAAAAUGACAUUUUGCAUCAUGGGGCUCUGGAAGUCGGAGAAAAGAUUGUAGGGAGUAAAAAAGGAAGACAAUGCACUACUUACUUGAGACUAGGGGAAUUCAAAAAUGGGAAUUUUGAAAUGACAGAUGUAGAGCACAAAGUUCUGUUCAAUAUUAACUGCAUGAGAAUACUUGUUACCAAAAGUCAAAAAGAGUGGCUAAUCAUUAGGAGCAUUAGCAUUUGGACUUCUCAAACAUCAAAUCAAUAAAAAGAAACCACCUGAGAAGGUACAGAGUGAAUAGAAUCAGCUGGGUCCCAAAUGGUACCAUUUCCCAGAAACACUGACUUAUCUCCAUCUCUUUAUUAGAGAAACAGUAAAUCUGGGGAAAUAAUAAAACAAGCAAAGAAAUUUAUUUUUUACUAGUUCGGUCAGGCAAUAUGCAAAUACUUAUUUGUUGAAAGUUUUGAAUUUUAUAGGAAACACAAAGAUCUGAAACCUCUCUUGAGAUCUUGAACAUCUUUUUAUUAUCAUUUCUCUUUUAGAGAGACAUGCUGGACUAAAUGGAACAAAACAUUCUAUAAUUACCCUAAUUUUUAAUGCUAUGACCAGUAUAUUGUGAAAAGAAAUUGGAUCCCACCUUAUGCACAUAUAAAUUUAAAAAGUUAUGGUAGUAUGCAUUUGUACAAUAGUUGGUGAUGUGUUUCUUUUAAAGGCACUUGUGACAAGGAAGUCUGUCCUGAUACUGGCAGUUUCAUUCUGAGCACUGUAAGAAAAUAGUGUGGCUGAUCAUUGCAACUUCUUUUCAAAAGCGAAUGUAUGUAGAAUUAUAAAUUUGACAUGACAACUGUGAAAAAAUAGAUAAUUGCAUUUAUUAUUCUGUCUCAAUAAAUAAAUAUCUUCUUUUUUUUUU